UUUGUCUGGGUUUUUCAAUUUGUUUCCUUCCUCGCCAGAAACCACCUCAAUCUUCCCUCUCAUCACACCAGACGCAACCCGACAUCCAGAACUCCCUGAACGAUUCCGAGAGAAACAGGGUCUUCAUUUCGUAUCCAUUUUGCUUUUCCUUCCAAAGAGAAAAUUGGUUGGACUCUUGUUGAAUUGGGUUUGAUCCUUGUUCUGAUGGUUUGAGAGACUCAGAAGGAAGGAAGGAAGGAAAGGUAUCGUCGUGAUUUGGGCUGGUGGUGUUUGAGGGAGUGAUGGAGUGCAGGGUGUGGGUGGCAGCCGGGGAGAAUAAUAAUAAUAAUGUGUGGGGGUUGAGGGGUGGGGAGUUUAGCCACGAGAGCGAGCACGACCUUGCCAUGAUGGUCAGCGAUUUCUUGGAGAAUGGCGGUAGUGCCGGAACAGAGUCCUGGUGCAGCAGCGAUAGCGACUCUGGCCUCGCCGAUCUACCUCAUCUAGCUGAAAGGAUCUCGUUUUAUAAGCACUCAGUAGCUCAAUAUGAGAACGACUUGCUUUCUGUGGUUCAUUCUCUUAUACUAUCUAUAAACGAGACAGACCUUCACCUUGCCAAGUCAGGUCCAUGUAAUGGUAGCUGCAUCAGGUUUUAUUUGAUAAAGCUUUUGAGGCUUUCUGGUUAUGAUGCUGCUGUUUGUGCAUCAAGGUGGCAGGGUAGUGGCAAGGUCCCUGGAGGAGAUCAUGAAUAUAUUGAUGUGGUUGAUUGCAACAAUAGUGGAAGCUCUGAACGUUUGAUUAUUGAUGUUGACUUUCGAAGCCACUUUGAAAUAGCUAGAGCAGUUGAUUCUUACGAUAGAAUACUGAAUUUACUUCCAGUUGUUUAUGUUGGCUCGCUGACUACGUUGAAACAGUUUCUUCCAAUCAUGGUUGAAGCUUCUCAUUCUUCUCUCAAGCAAAACUCAAUGCCUCUUCCUCCAUGGAGAUCUCUUGCUUAUUUGCAGGCAAAAUGGAACUCAUCCUACCAGAGGCAGUCCACUCCGGGGGAAAAGAAUCUUACAUGCACUAAUUUUCCUGGUCACAAGCAGUGCCAUGGAUAUUUGAAGAGGUUGCAGUCUUCGCUUCAUUCUGAGAUUGAAGCGGAGCAAUUAUUGAAGCCCAUGAAUAAUGAUAAUAAUGGCUGGAGGUUGAAGCUUGAUAGGAGAAGGCCCUCAACAUUCUGGGCUGUUUGAGACAGAUUUGGGCCUGGGAUGCAAGUUACAUUUUUGUGAGAGAAUAUUUGUAUUGUGGCUUUUGAUUUUUUUUUUUUUUUCCCCUGAAGAUCAAUAAGUGUUUCCCAAUAUCAAAGGUUGACUAAAUAACACGUCAUACUUAUUGGGGAGACAUCUUGUUCCCAUUUCAAGUUGAGAAGCCAUACAUUUUCUGUCAAUUUUUUGACUGGCACUGGAUGACACAGUAUCAGGUUUCAGGAAUAUGGUGGGGGCUCAUAUCCAUAAACUGAUAAACAGCUCCUACAGCAGCCAGAUGUGCUUGGUACUUCAUUACAUGCAUCAUCUUAUUAUUGAUUUGUGUGGUUGUCUCUCAGUAUCAUCUUAAAUGAUUCCAUGCCUUUUAUUUUUUGAGCUUAGGGAUCUUUUUUGGUCAUGUCGUUCCUUCUCAUAACAUCUAGCUGCAAAUCUUGCGGCAAUCAAAAUGUACACAUUUC